AUGCCCUAGAAAAAAAUAAAAUCAAACAGAAUUUAUAAAAUAUCUCACAAAAACUAGAUUAAACUUUAUGAUAUUUCAACAAAUUUAUUAUUUAGAUAUAAGGAAGAGAACAAUGUUUAUGGCAAAGAUAAAUUAAAUUUUUUGACGCUUUAAUUUAGAACAUAUCUUUAUAUAAAGCCCCAAAAUUUUUCAAUUCACUUCAUUUAAAUUCUAAAUAUUACCCGAGCUGGUUGA